AUGCCGAGCCUGGGAUCCGAGUGGUCUCGUCGAAGCCUCACGACCAGAGAGGUUUUCUUGGCCGCCGACAAGGCGUCCAUCGACUCGUACCUGGAGCCGGUACAAGGCACCACCGAGCCGGUCAUCCCUCGUGGCGACCUGGGCAGUUUCGUCCUAGCCGUCCAGCCGGCCGGUGAGAGGGAGACGGACGACGGGCGACGUGACCAGAGGAGACGGGGAGCCGGGGCGCCGGCCGACGAGUUCGACGGAACCCUCAGAGUGCUCGGGUCGAUCCUGUUUGACGACCUGUGGGCCGGCAUGUCCGAUGGUGCGUACAACUUGGAGGACCUUGCCAAGAUGGCGGAGGUUCACCCGCGUCACGUCUACGCCGGCCCCAGCGUGCCCGUGGAAAGGCAAGGAUGGCGGGAGGCGGACACUGCCGUUAUCGUGGACGAGGAAUAG